UAUUAUUACAUUUUCCACCACUUCCUAUCCUGCCUCUCUAUCAUUAAAAAAAUAUAUCUCAACUCCAAGUCGUAUAACAAAAACGAAAAGCGGAGAAAAACUCGCAAUUUUCCUUCAAUCCAUUUUAUAAUUUAUUCAAACAACAAAGAAAGAAAAAUCACAUAAAAAUAAUCAAAAUCAAAGCAAAAAAAGAAGAAGUUUUCACAUCAACAUCACAACGCUCAGCUCAAAGCCUCCCAGAUCACCAAACCAAGAGCUACAACUAGUUUCAUAGUUCAGUGCAAAGAUGUCAUUAUUAAUUAGAUAAUUUUAUGGAAAAUACAAUUUGCAUGAGCAAUCUACACCAUUUUUGUUAGCAGCAGCAGCAGUAGCAGAAAAAAAAAAAUAUCAAAACAGACAAUCAAUUUAGUUUAUAAAUUAAAUAAUUCUUAAUACGUUGUUGAUUGCAGUGUUAACAAAGAAAAAAGAACAGUGUGCAUAAAAUCAUCUUGAAUCUGUGAAGAAGAAAAAUCGUUACAAUGACGUCUGCACCGUAUAACUACAAUUAUAUCUUUAAGUAUAUUAUUAUUGGUGAUAUGGGAGUUGGCAAAUCAUGUCUCCUUCAUCAAUUCACAGAGAAAAAAUUUAUGGCCAAUUGUCCUCAUACGAUUGGUGUUGAAUUUGGAACACGUAUCAUCGAAGUUGAUGAUAAAAAAAUCAAACUACAAAUCUGGGAUACUGCUGGUCAGGAACGUUUCCGUGCUGUAACUCGUUCGUAUUACAGGGGAGCAGCUGGUGCUUUGAUGGUUUAUGAUAUCACAAGAAGGUCAACUUAUAAUCAUUUAAGCAGCUGGCUUACAGAUACUCGAAAUCUCACCAAUCCAAGUACAGUGAUCUUUUUGAUUGGUAAUAAAUCUGAUUUGGAAAGUACCAGAGAGGUGACUUAUGAGGAAGCUAAGGAAUUUGCCGACGAAAAUGGCUUAAUGUUCCUCGAAGCUAGUGCUAUGACUGGCCAAAAUGUAGAAGAAGCAUUUUUAGAGACAGCACGUAAAAUCUAUCAAAACAUUCAAGAAGGUCGUCUUGAUUUAAAUGCCUCUGAAUCUGGGGUACAACAUCGACCAUCACAACCAGGACGAACAUCAUUGACAAACGAGACUCUAACCAAUAAGGAUCAAUGCUCGUGUUAAGUUUAUAUUUUUUAAGUUUAAACGCAGAUGAAAAAAGAAAAGAAAAAACAAGUAUAAUAAUUAUAUAGUUCCGUAAAGUAUACUUUUAUUUUUUAAAUUUCUUUAUUUUAUGAAUAAUAAUCAAAUUUCCGUCUGUUGUGAUCGAGUGCCGAAUGGGGAGCAGAGGAGGAAGAAGCUCCUGUCGAUAUUAAGUUCUCAUUUACCCUUUUUUCUCUCUCUAUCAAUUUAUCUCUCUUUGACUUAAAGUGGAUGAUUAUUAUUUCAAUCCAAAGCCAAAAAUCUCUUCUUUAUUUUUUGUCUAUCCCGUUUUAGGUAUAAAUUUCUCAUUUUUGUCUUCAUCUUGACAAAAUUUUUAUUAUUAUUUUAUUCCUUUUUUGUAUAUAUAAGAGAGAAACAAUUUAUAUUUAAAAAAAAUAUAUAUAUAUAUUAGAAUACAAAACAAAAUAAGUAAACCUGAAUGUUAUGUUAUAAUUAAUAAUUAUUAUUAUUAUUAAAAGAAAAUCCGCGGUAUUCAAUUUCAAUAUACAACAGAAACAAACACAAAAAUGAGUACUAUUAUAAAUUCAAAAAAUAUAUAAAAACAAGUAUAAUAAUAAAAAUAACAAAACAAUUCGUUCAUAAGAAGAAGAACAAAUUUUAUUAUUUAAAAAAAAAAAACAAGAAGAAGAAAACAAAAAUAAGGCACCAAUUUUCUAGUGAUAAGAAUAUUUGUGUAGUUAAAUGAAAUUAUUUUUAGUUUAAAAAAUUUUCAUUUAUUUUUCUUUGUUUGUUUUUGAAAACACCAUCCUUAACAAUAAUAAAAAAAGAAAUAGUAGUUAAAAUAA